AUGCAUAAGCCAAAUUCCAAGGCCUCAUUAUCUUACUGGCAUAUGAGAAGGAUAGCUUCAAUUUACCAACACCCAUUCCACACUGGAAUACAUACUGGUAUACAGACUUCAAUCAAAGUAACUUCAUUUUCCUUCAUUGCGGCUAAUGCGGCGAUUGCUUCGGCUUAUACCAAAGGUAUACGAGAGGCUAAGAUCGGUAUGAAGUGGUUGACACAGAUUUUUGGUAAAAAGAAGGAUUCAAAACACCAAAAUCAUAUCAGUUACUCCCAAAAACAAAAAAAGACAAAAAUAAAUGAUACGACCUACCAGAGCGAUAUACCGAAUGAUGGAUUUCCAGGAGGGCAUCCAGAAGAGCCGCGACAUGCAAAACAAGUACCAUUGCCGCACAAAACUGAAGAUUGGCAUGGAAACUUCAGCCAGACGACUCAGACACACAAAACCUCCAAAUCAGUGACAGAACAAGUAGCACUUGUUGGCGAUUAUAUUGAUGACUAUAACAGAAAACUUCAUACGUCUAACGGCCGCAUCGAGAUUGACAUUAUCAUUCUUGAAGGGCUUCUGGAUAAUGACCAAAAGCUAACAGAACCAAAACCUGGCACUCAGAUCAGAUUUAUCAGUAACCCGAGGAAGUCCUGGCGAUAUAAACUUCAUACAACGGAACUACGAGGAGCAUGCGCAGAAACAAGAUGGCACACGACAGAUCGUUGGAUUCCUGAUGAUACAUUGGACAAAGCAAUCCAGGAGAAAAUGUUUAGAGCGACAGAACAUGAAAAAAGAGUAUAUAUAUCCGGGAUGAGCGGCAUCAUUAUCCGAAAGCCUCCACCGGAGUAUCGUAUCUGUCAGCGCAUUGAUCGUCUCGGGGAUCCAAGGUCAAAAUCACAGCCAUCUUCUUCCGAGCGUAGCAGAAUAGUGGAAGACAUUCGAAGUUACAUUGAACACAAUAAGCUACGUCUGGAAGAUAAACAGGCCAAAUCGAGGCAAAUAUAUCGAGAGCAAGGGAAAAAAUACGAUAUAAACCCUAUGGCCUAUGACUGUGGUAAUCACCAUCAUCAAUCGCAAGGUGUUAUGAUUCCAGAUAAGUUAAUCGAAAAAUGGCAGAACGAUUAUGGUUUCAAAAACGUGCAUUUCUGGCUGGAUAAAAUCGAUUACCAUUCUUGUCUGAUGAACCUUAGGGAAGGGAGACAUAGACAUAUCAUAGGUCACGUCAUGAUUAUAGAACGUUCAAAAUCACGCGAAUCUGGCAGCACAAAGACUCGACAUGAUUCUGCUAUAUCCAUUCGCCAUGAUCCGGGUUCCUGCCAAAGACCUCCACCCAAAGCAAACACAUAUAAAUCAUCCGAUUACGGUUCUGACAGUGGCACCUCUACACGCGGGCAACGACGUGGACAGAAUUCUGCUCAACUGCCGUCUCAGCGUGAGCCAUCCAGUGCAAAAUCAAACCGUGACGCUCCUCCAAAAAAGAAGCCUUCUCCUCAUCCGCGACCAACACCUUCAAUACAUAUAAAUCCAUCAAACCACGAGGAACGGCAAGGAAAAUCUCCCGCACCACCACCACCACCUCCUCCUCCUCCCUCACAACCACAAAUAAACCGCAGCACCAAAACCCCCCAUCUAAAACCAUCAACAACCACUCAAAACCACUCCCCCGUCUCCCCAUUAGACGAAAAAUAUGUAAGAAGAUGGGAAUAUCAAACAGCAGAGCAAAAGGCAGAAAUACAUCGGAAAGUCAUGCAGGAACUUAAAUUGGAGCGUGUCAUCUAG